AUGGUGAUAUUUAGGUCUGAUUCAUCCAACGCUUCGAUAAAUGACCGGAUUCAUCAAGCAAAGUCUUCCAUCGAGGAAAUAUGUUCUACUGAAGGUGUUCCUGGAAUUUCAGUUGGAGUCCUACACCAGGGCAGCUUUGUGCACACCGACACCUUGGGAUUUCAAGGUGUUCCCAACGCCAUCCCUACGAAGUCAGACACACAAUAUGGAGUCAGCUCGCUAACCAAAGCCAAGAUUUCCGCCGGCAUUGGCAAGUUAGUGGAAGAUGGCAAAUUUGAAUGGAAAACCCCUGUGCGGCAGCUUUUGCCUAGCUUUUCCCACCAAGACAGUCAAUUUGCCGAGGAGGUAACAAUCGCGGAUUUUCUCGCUCAUCGUUCUGGACUUUCGCAUGGAGCUGCAAUAAAUCUUGUAUUUCAUGGUGGUGGCGAGAUGUUAUUACCAAAAGACUCUUUGCUGGACAUAGUUCACAACGUUCCUCGUGUGGCUAAGAUUGGAGAGACCUGGAUAUGGUUUGUCUGGGGAUACUCUAUCGCUGGACUUGUCAUCGAGGAGGUGACAAAAUUGCCGCUUCAUCAAUAUUUGCAAGAAGAAGUGUUCCGCCCUAUUGGUAUGGAUCGUACCACUCUUCGACCAUCCUUUGAAGAUGCCAAUAUCUCCAAGGCAUAUGCAUCCAUGGAGAAUAGUGAUACCCAUGAGCUGCACAGCAGACAGCCGUUUGCUGAAACAGUUUUCGAAGCAUCGGGCGGCGCCUACUCUACCGUGAACGACCUUCUGAGGUGGUCGAAAGCGAUUUUGGAUGCAGGUCAGGACCAAGAGAUUGAAACACCCAAAAACUCAAUUUUGAAACAGGUUCCUGAAAUCCUGCAACCUCAAAUUCCUAUCGACAAUAAGGUGCUUCCGGGACAAUCUUAUGGCUUUGGCUGGGUGCGAGCGCAUCUCCCAGGCGUGGUGGGAAUACUCGGUGACAAUCUGGAUCUAUGGGGAACCCCAAAUCUACCCGUGCUGGGAGGUGGGGGCCAGUCUCGACAGAUUAUAUAUCACCAAGGCGCGACAUUGGGCUAUCUGUCUUUCCUCGCCUUGUUCCCAGAGACGCAUUCGGCAGUCGUCGUUCUCGCCAACGCCACUGCUAUGAGUGACGUCGCCGAGUGGGUUGGUCGCGUUCUCAUCGAAGCACUAUUUGACUCUCAACCCCGGACAGAUUAUGUCAAACUGUCCAGAGAGGGAAAGUAUCGGAAACUCAAACUUUUUGAAGACAUGCAGGCCAGUUUGGCAAAGGAACGUGCGCCCGAAACAAGGCCGCUGUCGCUCGAUGCAUAUGUGGGCAAAUAUGCGAACCAGACUCACAAAUUUGUCCUGGAAAUUUCUUUUGACCCCGAUGAUAGCGACUCUCUUGUUUUUUCGUUUCAAUCUCUACCUUCACAGCGCUACAGACUUCGUCAUUUGCGGGACAAUGUCUUUGAAUGGGCCCUGGGUCACGACGAGGGGAAACGAAGAGGAAGAUACCCAUUUGUCGAUGCGUCAUACUUCAAGUUUUCAUUCGAAGUGAGCUCGAGAAAUCGGGUUCAUCAAAUUAUCUGGGACAUGGACGAGAUUCCUCAGUCGGGUGGGGUCAUAUUUUCACGUUUGGAUGAGCAGGAGUUGCGAGAAGGUUCUGAGUAG